AUGAGUCAAUGUUUUGGAGCCCAAGAAAAGCGAUUGUACAUCCAUUUGUUAGCUCACUUCUCAAAAGCACAGCGUGGCAGGGUUGUGGCUGUAAGCUGCUUUGAGAUGGGCCUUCCCUCGCUUAUUUUCGCCUUUGUGCUCAGCACAGUUGACGCAUGCGCCAACACGGCAAUUUCUCGCGAUGCCGAGGUCAUCACUGAUCCCACGUUUACGUUCACAGCUAGUCCUUCUGUGAGAUGGACAUAUUAUCCUCAAGUCGCGCCUACAGGUUCAACAGCAGUAACGAAUUUCUUUCCUGGUCAAUCUACAACUUCGGCAGAAGCCCUACAAGCAGCACAGAACGAAAUAAUGGCAGCAUAUCUUGAAGCCCUCACACAGCAGCCAAUAUCGACCAUUGGUGUGUCUACUACAGUCACUUAUUCACCAGAUGAGAUCUCAAACUGUUACGUAGGACAGACGAUUCCAACUGGAACAAAAAUAGGUUACCUCGCUGGUGGUGCGAUUACGCAAAUAGCAGUUGUGUCCGGCAUGGCAACUACAGUAAGCAACUGCCCAUUGUCUCAAACCAUGGUGACGCCUAAUGUCGGACAAUAUCAAGAGUACAUUAAGAUGGUUACGAUAUCGACUCGUGGCGGUACAACACUGUCGAGAUACAACUGGGAACGAGUGGCAUCACAACUUCAGUCGACGCUCAACUUCAGAUACCAAGUUUUCUUCCGCUCGCCCAUUACGAUAGGCAACAAUUGA